AUGGGACUAUUUGAUCGUUUAGCAAAUCUUUUAGGUCUUAAGAAAAAAGAAGUAAACGUUUUAGUAGUGGGCCUUAACAAUAGUGGUAAGUCAACGGUCAUAAAUAAUUUCAAACGCGAGGAUGACCGUUGCAUAGACAUAGUACCUACUGUUGGGUAUAAUGUUGAAAAAUUUUCAUUUAAAAAUGUUAGUUUCACAGCAUUCGAUAUGUCAGGCCAUGACCGUCAUAGAUCAUUAUGGGAACACUAUUAUAAAGAUUGCCAUGGUAUUAUUUUUAUAAUUGAUAGUAGUGACAAAUUACGAUUGGUUGUUGUUAAAGAAGAAUUAGAUAUGCUUCUUCAACAUCCAGAUAUAGCUGGUCGUAAAAUACCGAUUCUCUUUUUGGCUAAUAAAAUGGAUUUGCCUGAUUCUCUAACCACUGUUAAACUUGUUGCUGGACUUGGCCUUGAUCGUAUACAGAAUAAACCUUGGCAUAUACGAGCAACAAAUGCAAUUACUGGAGAAGGCUUACAAUUAGGCAUAGAAUGGCUUACAGAUCAAAUUCGUGACAUAUAUAUUAAUAAAAGAUAAAAAUAAAUUUAUAUAUCAUAAUAUUGUUAUUCAUGAAAGUUAACUGAACAGAAAGCAAUCGAUUAUAGUAUUUAAAAUUGGACACUUUUAAAUCCACAUAAAUAGUAUUUAUAUAUGUAUUUUACUUCGAUUUCGUCCUCAUGAAUGAAAUUCAAAUUACGAUAUAUACGAAUAUCUAAUUUAUAUAAUUCUAAUCAUCUGUUUAAUGACAGACAAUAUAUACAUAUCAAAUCAUGUUUUUAUAAUAAUUUGUUUAAAUUAUUUAAUAGAAAUAUUAAUUAUAUUGAAAAAUUUUUAUCAACAAAUUUUAUAUGCAAUAAAUUACUGUGCUCUUGAUAGAUGGCGUUUAUAAAUGCUUACUACGUCAGAGUUUGUGCGUGAGCUGCGUAAUAUCGAUUUGUAACAUUUAACAGAUUGAUGUAAAUUUUUAAAAUAAUUCAUAAAAUGUUUAUAAAUAUUAAUAAAAAAAUGAAAAGAGA